UGAAUUACCCUAUCAGACCCCUGUUGGGAAGGGGUAGCUUUCUGGGUGAGGCAUGAGACCAGAAGGUCAUGAGUUCAAACCCCAGCUCCAGCAAGCUGCUGGGUCCUUGAGCAAGGUUUUGCAACCUAAACUGCUCAGUUGUGAUGUUAGACCAGAGAUGGACAGUCAAACAUGGAAGAUGGGAGGUUCUCCAUGACCACGUGGCCUCGAUCUGCGUGGUUUUCCGUUCUGCGAUAGAUUGGAGCUUCGCUAGAGGUUUUAUGUUUUGCACACCAGUCUGUGUAACCACUGUGAAGAUCAGGAGAUUUCUGAAACACUCCCAGUCACCACCAACCAUGGGCUGUGAUCUCUCUGUAGGACUUUCACCUUUCGUGCCAGAUUCCCACCAAGGCAUCCAGAGCGAAAUGAUUCCCAUCAAACUCAUACAGCGGGAGACAGAACACGCUAGAACACGCACCCUUGGGCGUGACCUCCCUCGUCAAGCGAAGGUGUUACGCAUUCUGGGAUUUCUUCUGUUUUUCCGUGAUUGUCACCCUCAGCAAGGAGGUAAGUUCAGAAAAAAACAAAGCGCGUUGAGGAACACCAGCUGGCACCGCAUGCGACUCCUAAUCUUUCAGACGAACAAGAACAUCUGUCAUCAUCUCUCAAGCCAAAGUUUUCGAACAUCCAGCUGCAUGAGGUUCUUCUCCAGACUGUCGUUGUUUGGGACGUCUUUAGACUUCGCUUGAGACCCAGAACCUCAUAACAUUUGUGCACAUGAAGAAGCUCCACAUUCCAUAGGGGGGUUGGAAGAUGUAGAAGAUCUCCUGCACUAGAGCACUAAACUUCACUUCACUCCUCAAUUCCUCGUCUCCAUCUACCACCCUUCUUGUGGCUGAAUGAAUCUCGAGAAAUCUGCUCCAAAUCUAGUGGAAUAAAAUGGAACGGGUUCGAGUCCCGUAGAAGGUCAAGGAGGCGCACACUCACAACGGAACGAGUGACUAGGGUGAAGUUAGACGUGGACGUGACUUUCCCACGGAACGUUCGGAGCGCUGAUUGCUCGCUGAUUAGAAGAGUUCGGGAAAACGAGUGCUUCGUCUCUUCUCGAAAUAAACUGCCGGAAAGCGAAAUCAGUUUACGCCGUCUCACUGUCCUGAUUCAUCUCCCCUGUCAAGUUUGCGUAUUUUGCCAACCAUGAGUGUCCCGCGGGCGCUGGUGCUGUUUUUCUCCGUAUGUUUCUCAGCUGUACAUUCGUGUCUGAUAAUCAGCGAGGUGAACGCCGAUAACCCUGCUUUAGACACCCAAGAAUUCGUCGAGUUGUUCUCCCUGAGCGGCGGCUCCACCUCUUUAAAUGGCUACACCCUUGUUUUCUACAAUGGCAAUGGCAACGUGGCGUACCGUGUCGUGAACCUGAGCGGGCACAGUACGGACGAAAGAGGGUUCUUCCUCAUCGGCUCGGCCGAGCUCCAGCCACCGCCUGCCAUCCAGCUUCCGCCCAACUCGGUCCAGAACGGCCCAGAUGCCAUAGCCCUGUAUGGCCCGUCCUGGGUUCCUGUAGCCGAAAAAGGAAAUGUCUCUGCGAUCGGGCUGCUUGACGCAUUAGUUUACACGUCACGCUUGGCAACCUCCUCUGCCGAUAUCCUGGUGCACGUCCUUACGCCGGGUUCUUUACCAUACGUUGAGAAUAGUUUCUUUUUAGAUGGAGACGAAUCCAUUCAGAGGUGCUGGCUUUCGGAAAAUUACUACAGCUUCCAAAACGCCGUUCCUACACCUGGGCGACCCAACAUUUGCCCACCGUCGAAUCCCGGACACCUUUGGAUUAACAGGAUUCAGUUAAGUGGUUGGACUUUGACCGGACCUGUAGAGAUCAGCGUAGGGACGGACAGAGGGUCCAUGACUGUGGUGGUGUACGACUUGCAGACAGACCGAGUGAAGACCAGCGCAGGGUUCCAGGCCAGCGCACCAGGGAACGUCUCUGUAAAUUUAGACACGGCUUCUUUGACGGAUUUAGAUGGCUGGGCGUUGGCAGUGUACCAAGGGAAGGUUGACGAUUUCCCAAAAGGCAGCCUGGCCAAUCAGCUUCAGCCACUCGAUGCCUUCAUCUGCAAUGGGCUUACAAACACCCCGAGCAACCUUCUCACUGAGACGCUCAUCCCAGGAAGGAAAGCUUUCCAGUUCGACCGCAGUUUUUCAGAAGGUGACGCUUACGUGACACGGUGUGGUACGGCUCACUGGGCGAGAGAUCCUGGUGUGUUCCAGCACCACUUACAGAGGCCGAGCGAAUCCAGCCACUGCAGCUGGUACCACAGUUGCCCGUACAGCACUGCUGUCAAUGUGACUGACGAACCUCCGGAGCCGGAGUCAGGUACAGAGGGUGACUUCCUGAUCAGCGAGGUGAACACUGACUCACCAGGCGGUGCAGAAGAUGAGGAGUUUCUGGAACUCUGGCAUCCGUCCGGCCACCGGACUUCCCUCGACAACGUCUGGGUUCUACUGAUCAACGGCAAUGACGGGAAAAUUUACCGCGAAAUCGAACUCCAUGGGCAAUACACGGACAAACACGGCUACUUCGUGAUCGGCAGCGAUAAGCUCAAACCGCAGAUCGCCCUGCCGCCGAAUACCAUCCAAAAUGGCCCCGACGCUAUAGCGAUAUACCGCUCAACAUCUCCGCCCUCAAUUGAGAAGAUCAGCGUUCCCAAAAACGGGCUCCUGGAUGCCGUGGUGUAUCGGUCUCGUAGUUCAGACAGAAACUGGGCCGAUCUUAUCAACGCCCUGAUGCCGGGACAGCUCCCCCUGCUGGAAGACUCAACCUUGCUCCAUGAAGAUGAGAGUCUCAGCAGAUGUGGACUAAGCCGUCUCGACCUGAACUCCUUUAGGGUUUCCUCUCUGACGCCAAUGAAAGACAACGAUUGCCCCCGUCCCCCUGCAGAACUUGUCAUUAAUGAGGUGGGUGGAGUUUCAGGAGUCGACGUGUACGUGGAACUGAUUGGCCCACCUGGGCUUUCUUUGCAAGGAUUGGUUAUAGUGUUGUACGAGCUCAGCACCGCAAGACACGUCAUUCCUCUUAAGGGAAGUCUAGGAAGCGACGGACUCUUCCUAAUAGGCAACGAGUCCAGAGCAGAUCAGAGUUUGCCCACCGUGACGUCUCUUGGCUCCAUCUGGUUGUGUUACGGCCUGCCGACCAUCUGCGCCAAUUCGAAAGUCCAGGACCUGUUGGUGCUCUCAAACAAUUCGAACCUGCAACCCGCUUGCUGCGGGGUUAUGUUUUCGGUUGUGCACCCGGUUGCCAGAUUUGACUCGGUCUCUCGCUGCCUGACGAACCGAUCCACUGUUUGGACUGCCUCCCAUCCAACACCCCACCUCCCAAACCUUUGCCCGAGCCCUAUCCACUCCGUCCACAUGGACCUGUGUCUGCAGGCGGAGUCCCACAUCACAUGUACACCUGAGGGAUUUGCAAAGAUGUUGGAGGGGUCCUGUCAGUGUGGAAUUUCUGGUGCUCAUCUUGCAGGUGUGAAUCUGACCUGCAUCUCCAACAGCCUGUAUGCCGAAGGGCACGUAUUUGCACUCUCUAACCAGCAGAGGGAGCUCGUGGCCCAGACACUGCAGGCAACUCUCACUCGUUCCUGCAGUGCAAUCCAGGAACCGGUGCACAGUAAAGAGUCAUCGGUGGGGCUGCAGGUGGGGCUGGUGGUAACAGUGGUGAUACUGUGUGCAGUGGGCGGAGCCAUUUUUUACUACCUGUACAAGAAAAAACGGCCGCAAGACUACUUGUCAAUGGAGUUAAAUGAACAGGACUCACCUGUGGAUCUUUAACAUUUGUGUGUGUGUGUGUGUGUGUGUGUGUGUGUGUGUGUGUGUGUACAUUUUAAGGAAGUCUAUUUUUACGAUGUGUGUCUUAAAACAAAGUGAUUUUUAAAAAAAAAAUUUAUUUACACAAAGGUACGACACUAAAAAAAAAUGUUGUUGUUGUUUACGUCACACCUUGACAAGUUUUAUUACAAUAUUGUGUCAAUAGGGAUGUUAAAGGUGCCAAAAACAUUUUUUUAUACAUCUGUAACAUGUCAAACGUGUCUUUAUAAAAAAAAAAAAAAAAAGGACAACUCUGAUGUUGCAUGUUUACCUUUUUACCUGUUUACCUGUAUAUCUGUUUUUUUGUUGUUUUUCGGAAAUAAGCCGAAGUGUGUUCCCUGUGUCCCCGUAACACCUGUAAUGCGUUAAUGUAACAGCCACUGGGUUUAAAAAUGUCCAGCAUUCGUCUUUAAUGAACAAACUGUUGCAUAAUAAAAGCUCCUGAGAUGUUUCACUA